AUGGCUUUCCUUCGACUCACCAUGCUCUUGUUGUGCCACCGCACGCUGGCAAGGACAAACCGGCCAAGUGUACAAGAGAACAUCAAGAACCAGUGGGGCUACGUGGUUUGGGGAGAUCAUAUCGACCAUGAUGACUACUUGAGAGGCAUGAUUGCAGUUGCAAACGACUUUGUGUGCGUGGGAGCGUGUGGUUUCACUUUUGAUUACUUCAAGGAGCUGAUUCAGAAGCAGAUCAAUGCUUUCACAUCGUCAGAACAAUGGUACCAGGUAGGCAAACACUUUGUGAUGCAACUGGCCAACAACCCUGGGACAAUCAGAGACAUUGUUGCUGGCAAUGCCCUCAUUAAAGCAAAAGUUGACAUCGCCACCUACAACCAUUGGACAGAUGAGUGCAGGUUCUGCAAACCUUGCACUUGGUGCACACCGCGCUUCCACUGCAACGACUGUGGGAGCUACCGGGUUCCCAGGCCCAAUACCCACCAGCCAUAUUUUGCCUUCACAGUCCGAGCUCGAAGCAGGGAGUACACGUUCUCCCUCACCAAUGAUUGCCACAAGAGAGUUUCUGUGGCCUUGCGGUAUCUCCCAACUGGUGGCUCUUGGACCACCUUGUGCUGGUACAGCAUCGGACCAGGUGCUUCCAUCACUCCCAGCACCAAUGACCAGACCCUGAGAACCACGAACUCCAUUUGGUAUUACUAUGCCGAGACCUACGAUCGCGACGCACUCUGGCAAGGCACGGACAACACUCGCACUUGCCGCGGCCGGUCCUUGGGCAUGCGCAAGGUGAGCUCAGUGUCCGGAUCCAAGCUGAUGCUCCGCUUGACAUGCAAUCACCGGAGGCUGCUGAACGAGAACCAGACAGAGAUCGUGCCUGAGGCUGAGAUCCCUGAUCAGCAACUCUGCCUGUUGGCGGAGGAUGGUUUGGAAGGCACCCUUGAGAAUGACACGGAUGUCAAGAAUGUCUUGGCUUUCCCGAGCCAUGAUGAGGAGGAAGGAGUUGGGGGGCCACUUUGUACCGAGACGCAUGGUUUGGCCUUUUCUGAAGAUGGCAUUGCAUUUGAGGGGCUAUCCAAGAGCAGAAGCCUGCCUGGCAACUAUACCGAGGAGCUUGACGGUGAAGUGAAAUUUUCGUCGCCUUCUUGUGACGAGACGUGUGCGGCCAUCGAAGAGUCUUACCAAGAACUCAAGAAGAAACUCGAGAAGAUCCAUGGAAGACCUGAUGUGCUGACGGGCAAUGGACAAGCGACGGAGCAAGAGUACUCUGAGAAGAAGAGGGCGGCUUCGAAGCCAUUGAGCCUCGAGGAGCGGGCAGCGAAGAGAGCUCGCCAGGAGUCGGGCGAGAACCCGGCGAUCACGCCCAAGACGGAGCUCAACAGCCUUUGCAUGCGGAUCAUCGGCCGCUUUCUGAAGAAGGGCGAGACGGUCUAUAUUUGCAACCGGAUAAACAUGCAGUACCAAGCGACUGUGCAAAUCUCCUGUUUGCCCGAUGAGUGGGGUCAACGAGCUUGGGCCGGACACUUGUGCCCGACCAAGCAAAAGGCGGAGCAGAGCGCCGCGGAGAUCGCCCUCAAGGACAUCCAAGAUGAUCCACACCUCCAAGAGAUGGCGCGGCAACCGAAAGGCAAAGGAAAGGGAAAAGGCGGCUUUUGGAACGUGCAGGCGAUGUGGGAGAUGAUGAGCCAGUGGUGGGGCUGGAGCCCACAGCGAGAGCGGAUUGUGGAGGAGGACAUCCUCGGUGAGAUCGUGGAGUGGAAAGGACACUACGGUUGGAUGAAAACCGAUCAUCCCAUCGAACACGAGGCGAAAGACAUGCGCGGGGGCAAGAUCUAUCUGAACAAGAAAGACCUCGAGGGGGCUCCCGAGACGGUGGCGGAAGGGCAACAGGUGCGAUUCAAGCUCUACGUGGAUGGCAAUGGCCUGGGUGCUGAGGAAGCUGCACUGAUCUAG